CUUCUCGUUUGCCGCCGCCGCCACCGUAGCAGAAGCGGCAUUCGUUGUGUUGUCAUCGUCGUGGUGGUGGUGGUAGUCGUCGUCGUUGUCGUCUUGUGGCCUUCUUGAACAACGAGCGGUUCAAAACAACACAGUGUUGUUUCGCUGCUGCUCAAACCGCUAGUGGAAGUGUUUUCUGACGACACGGAGCUCUGGCAGCAAGCAUAUCACUCGCUGUGUUGAGAGUUAGAGGUUCGACGUAUCCCGGUGCUGCAUCGGUAUUGAAAGUCGCGCCUACGGACCACAAACUUGUGUUUCGUAUCUCGCGAGCUAUUGGCGGACAGAAAAUAGCGACAGGCUACCGCUAGGGUCGGUGUUCCGAAAAAAACGUGAGGCAAAACACUGCUCAGUGCAAACACGCACGCGCCGACGACAUGGAGAAACGGAUCGAGCUUGAAAAACGUGGACGCAAGCCCGAGAAGGUGGUCGAUUUGAAUCUGGACAACGCACGGUCUACCAGCAUCGUUGGACUGACAAGCGACCUUGUAAACUUACGCACUCUCAGCCUGAACAGCGUCGGUCUCACCUCAUUGAAAGGUUUCCCCAAGCUACCAAAGCUCGAAAGACUAGAACUCUCCGACAAUCGUAUCUCCGGGGGACUGCAAGCGUUCCACGGAUCGCCGCUACUGACGCAUCUUAAUUUAUCCAACAACCGGAUCGAGGAUUUGGAAACAGUUAAACCUUUGGCUGAACUCAAACAGCUUCGCAUCUUGGAUCUGUUCAACUGCGGAGUGACGAGUGUUGAGGGUUAUCGAGAGAAAAUGUUCGCCAUGUUGCCUAAUCUGAAGUACUUGGACGGCUACGAUAUGCACGAGAAUGAAGCUUCGUCGGACGAGGGUGAGGAAGAUGAUGAUGAUGAUGAGGCCGAUGAGGAAGAAGAAGUCGGGGACGAAGAUGAAGAGGAUGAACCCGAAGGCGCGGACGAAGAGGACGAGGAGGAAGAUGUAGGUCUCGAAUAUCUUGAAAAGGAAGAUAUCGAUGAGGACGAUGAAGCCGACUACGAACCCGGAGACAAAGAAGGUUCUUCGGCAGCGGCUGGUGACGAUGAUGACGAUGAGGAGGGAAGUUCCGAUCAACCUGCGAAAAAGAAGAAGAAAUCUGAAUAGACAUCAUCCAAUUAGUGUGACUGACCAUUUCCGCUACUACAACAUCAACAAAAACCCAGCCUACCACAUCAUCAUUGAUUCUGAAGUCACAACAAUUAUUUCUCAUCGAGGGCAUUGAAAUUCGAAACACCUAUCAGGAAAAACCUCGAUGACCUUCCACAAACGCCUCAAAUGUACCCCGCGGCGGAUGCUUCGAGGGAAAGCGCCAUUCGAGGGAAGUUUCCGUCAUCUUGUGAAGAUUAACAGACAACGACCGAAUGACUGACUGAGUGAUGGACGCCGAGUCCAAUCAUUCUGGAUCAUCAUCUUCAUCAUCUUUAUUAUAAAUAUUAUUAUUAUUAUUAUCACUAUUGUCUACAUCCACAACAACAACAACCAACAACAACAACAUCAACAACAACAAGGCAUAUCUUGCUGGUAUGUCGGAAAACGAGGCAUUUUUUCUUCAUCGAUGCAUCUAGAACGUAAAUUAGAGUGAAGGAAGAACAGCGAGAGCUGAAGAGAAGAGACCACGACUCGUCCAAGGACGAGUUUCGCAAGCAAACCCAAAAAUAUUCCACAUCGAGAUCAUAGCAUUCGGCCAUACCUCCGAGGGCUUUCCGUAUGUAUCCAACCAUGCAUAUGUGAGGAGCUGUAAGAAGAAAACUAGAAACCGAUCGAGAUAAACGGCGAUUACAAAACUACUUAGUCAAUUGAAAACCCAUCAUUUCUCAACGAGCAUCCACAGUAGUGAUCUACCUGGCCCCGUCAGUGUUCUCGUAUCAAAGGCAUCGGCUCUCGCAGGAUGAGCCGCGGUAGCACUGAAAUGGUUGCAUCAAUGUCAGCGAGAAGAGAUCGAUCUCAGAAGAUGGAGCGCAAAAGGAGCGGUUUGAGAAAGCUUGCCUGGACAAGGCGAAGUCCCGCGUUGUACAGAGGAUCAACAUCUUUCUUCGGCGACGGAUGAGCAGGAUUCCACUGGCCUACGAGGACCGCGAUCGCAACGGGGAGAUGAAGCCUCGUUGGCCUUCUUCUGCGGGGGAUCGUGUGCGAACUGUGUAAAUUGUGUAUCGAGUCUGUUUUCAUUUCAUGGGAGACCCCCGUAAGCAGGAUAUCUACAGCUCAAUCCGAAUACGUCUCACAGCAACUCACUAGUUUUUGUCAGGCUCAGACUUCAACUUGCAGCUUCCACUUCUGCUGCUACUGCUCUAUUACAUGAUAUUAUGGUGAAUUGAAUGAAAGGUUU